UACAAUAUAAAACGUACUCGAAGUAUGGAUCUGCAGGACAUUAGACCAAUCAUCGCGUGAGUCAACAAGUUAUAAUGGGGAUCCUUUUGGGUUUUUUGACGUGGUACCUUCUAUUAACAAAUACUAAUGAAGCGGCAAGGGUUUUGGUAGUGGUCCCCACGCCUUCUGUCAGUCACCAGGUUGUAUUUCGACCUGUAGUGCAGGAGCUAGCUAAGAGAGGACACGAUGUCACCUUCAUAACUACAGAUCCCGCCUUCCCGAAAGGAGAAGCCCCUGCUAACCUGACAGAAAUCGAUGUCCAUGAUAUAUCGUACCGCGCUUGGAAGGAAGCCCUUAUGAAAGCUACUUCAGGAAACCAAGGAGACUUAUAUGAACAGAUGAAAACCAUACUUUCAAUGGCUGGAGGAGUAUUUGAGGACCAAUAUAACGAUGAAAAAGUACAACAUCUUAUUCAUGACAAAAAUCAAAAGUUUGAUUUGAUAAUUGUAGAAGCCUUUUCGCGACUUGCGUUAGUAUACCAGCAUGUUUUCAAAGCGCCCCUGGUCUUAAUGAGCUCUUUUGGAGCAACAUUUGACAAUUAUGAAGCACUUGGCGUUCCUACACAUCCUCUGCUUUACUCAUCCGUGAUUCGGCAGAGAAUAAACAAUAUGACUACGUGGGAGAAAAUAACAGAAACCUAUCAAUAUUUCAAAAUCCAUUCCUUGUUUAAUGAAAUUUUAGUUGAAGAAGAGAAAUUGUUAAGAAAACUUUUUGGACCCGACGUUCCAACGAUGAAAGAAUUUUAUGAUCGUGUCGAAAUGCUAUUCCUGAAUGAGAAUCCGUUGUUUACUGGCAUUCGACCUGUACCACCGAAUGUAAUUUAUAUGGGUGGGAUACAUCAAAAACCGCAGAAGGAAUUACCGAAGGAUCUUAAGUCAUACUUGGACUCUUCUAAAAACGGCGUAAUUUAUAUAAGUUUCGGCACGAAUGUGAAUCCUACUCUUCUACCCGCUGACAGGAUCCAAGUGCUAGUGAAAGCAUUCUCUCAGUUACCUUACGAUGUGUUAUGGAAGUGGAACGGAGACGAGCUGCCUGGACGUACUGAGAACAUCAGAAUCUCAAAGUGGUUGCCGCAGUCAGAUCUACUCAGACACCCUAAAAUUAAAGUAUUUGUAACGCAAGGAGGUGUACAAUCAACAGACGAGUCGAUAACAGCUGGUGUUCCAUUGGUUGGAAUCCCAAUGUUAGCGGAUCAGUGGUUCAAUGUAGAAAAAUAUGUUACUCAUGGGAUAGGAGCCAGACUAGACAUUGAAACAAUAACGGUAGAAAAUUUCAAGGAAACACUCCUCAAAGUUAUUAAAGAUGACAGCUAUCGACAGAAUACAGUACGACUAAACAAUUUAAUGAGGGACCAGCCUCAGACUCCUUUGGAGCGAACUAUAUGGUGGUUAGAAUACUUACUUCGACACGGCAGCGCGAAGCACCUGCGCUCGCCCGCCGCCAACAUCUCGUGGGCGGAGUACCUAGAACUGGAACUGGUGCUCACAUUACUGGCAGGACUAUUGGCUGCAAUAAGUGUAGUUGUUCUUAGUAUUUAUUGGUUAUUCAAGUACUUUGUAGGAUACAACGUUCUGAAUAGUAAAGUAAAACGGUCGUAAACUUGAAUUAAAGUUUAAUUUUGAUUAAUUUGACUGUGAUAUAUAUUAUGAAUGUUAUGUUGAUAGUGUGUUAAUUGAUGCUAAAGUCCAAAAUUACGUAGUUGCGAUUAAUUACUGAGAUAGUGAGGAAUCAAAAUAAUAAGUCAUUGUUGAUAAUAAUGAAGAAAUUGUGACUGUGGAUGAGAUGACUUGUGGAUGCAAGUUCAAACCUGUAUCAGUUGUUUUAUUAGCUUUUUGCACUGUAAUAAAUACUUUUUAUCUUGGAACUGUUUAAAUGGGCGAUUAUGAUAAGCUUCGGAGAUAUGGAUACUGAAAUCUAAUCUGGCAAUGAAACAUGUCUGGACUUGACUGAAAUGUAGGUGUUAUUUAAUAAAUGAAAGCUUGGCUUUGAUAAGACGUUAUGAAAAUCUGUUUAAUUAUUUAAUAAGAUAUGGUUUCUUUAUUCUCCUGUUUAAAUGUUCUACUAGUCUAAAUUUCUUAAGGUAUUUUCAAUCAUAGCCCAUCGCUGCUUACGACAUGUUGGUCUGAUCUCCGAAAGAUUCUGGAUAUAGUCUAUGUGACCACUGUUCGUGACGAUUCACGGGUUCAAUCCCAGCAUAGGACAACCUCUUUUUGCUAUUUAUGAAUACUUCACACACAUUAGACUCACUUGCAUAAAGACAGUAAGACUGAGAAAAACCUUUCGUGGAUAGCACAAAUGGCUGUCAAACCUGCAAUAAGCUGCGUGCAGCGACGCGACGCGAACUUGGACAUGGGUUAUCCGUCGGUUUACAUAACAUUAUUUUGUUUUAAAUUAAGAAAUCAAUGGCACCUGCCUUUUAACACUUAGCAUAGGUUCUCUGCACACGGAAAUAUAAUGUACGUUUGCAGACAGUGAUUACAAUAAUAAAAUCGAUAAAUUACUUUUUG